AAAAAUAAAAAAUAUAAAAAAUAAAGAAAAUAAAAAAAAAAUAUGGUUAAAUAAAUUAAUAAUAAUGAUGAAUGGUAAGAAUUCAUUUCCUAAAACUAAAAUUUCAUUUUAGAUUUUUAUGCUUAAUGGUGUGGACCAUGCAAGGCACUUGCAUAAAAUUUCGAGUAAAUUUAAAAUGAAUAUCCUGGAGUUACUAUAGUGAAAAUUGAUAUUGACACUGAUGAAAUGUCAGAUGUUAUUGAAGCACAUCAAGUUACUUCUAUACCUCAUAUUUUUAUGUAUAUUGAUGGACAAAACAAAUCUAAUUUCUUAGGUAACAAUUUAGGAAAAUUAAAAGAAUUUGCUUAGUAAGUACAAUAAAAAAACAAAAAAUGAUAAAUAAAAAUAAAAAAAUAUAAUAAUAAUAUAAAUUUAAAUUUUAUUUAUGUUUUUAAAAUUUUUUUUUUUAAAUUUUAAAUCUAUUAU